CUCACCUCCGUCACUCUCGUCUUCUGUUUGUCUCUGGCUCUACAAUAGACAAAAGAAGAAAAGAAAAGAAAAGAAAAGAAGAGAAGAGAAAGAAGAACGGAGGAAUCGAUCGCAUCCAGUUACCGCCGGUGAGUACCUUCCCUACUCGAUCAUGGCUCAGAACCAGCUUAUCGACUCUCUCACCUCCCAUAUCUCCCUCUACCAUUCUACAUCCGUUCCCGUCAACCGCGAUACCAAUUCCAAUCCUAGGUCCUCGAUCCUUAAAUGGUUCUCUUCUCUCAGCGUCCACCAACGCCAAGCUCAUCUCACGGUGGUUGACUUCAAAUUCGUCCAAAUCCUCAUCCAAAUGGUGGCCGAAGUUCGCAGACGAGGGCAUGGUUUCUUUAUCCUCCUGCCCGACAUUCCUUCCUGCGACCCUCUGCACCUACCCAGCAUAUGCUUUAAGAAGUCCCGCGGACUAUUGUCUCGUGUCUCCGAGUCCAACGAGUCCGAAAGGAUGAUUUUUGAGUCCAGUCGAUUAUUCGGUUCCAGGGAAGGCGACAAGCUCGAGGAAUGUUCUUGUUCAUUAAAGAACAUCGAUUCUAUAACUGUAAGCGAGGAUUUUGUAUCAAAUGUGGAUAAAUUUGUCGAGGCAAUGGAUGGAGUUUCAAAUGGGGCGUUUUUGAGAGGCGAAGGGGGUGACCUGGCGUCCAAUUGGGCCGAAUUAAAUUGGUUAAAAGCGAAAGGAUACUACAGUAUCGAGGCCUUUGUGGCGAAUAAGUUGGAGGUGGCUUUGAGAUUGUCAUGGAUGAACUUGAAUAAUGGAAAAAAACGAUCGGUUAAGUUCAAAGAGAAGGCUACCGCAACUGGCAUGGCGACAAACGUGUUUUGGAGGAAGAAGGGAUGCGUGGACUGGUGGGAUAAAUUGGAUGCUUCGUCAAGGGAAAAAAUUUUGACUGCAAUUCUGGGGAAAUCAGCAAAAAACUUGAUACAUGAGAUUCUGAGGUGGACAAGUGGACUUGCGGAGCAUGAGAUGGGGCUCUUUAGUGCUGAAUGGAAUAGACCAUUUAGGUACAAUUGUACUAUAUCUCCACCAGGGUCCAUGUUAACAGCCCAAGCGGACCUGCAUAUUGACUUCAACAUAAUUCCAGCUACCCAUUCCGGAAAACCUUAUUUAUUAACCAACAUCUUUAGAAAUUUGCUUGUGCUUCAGGAUAUUGUUACGAUCGUAUCGUCGUGUCUUCAUGAUGAAUACUAUAAGAGUAAUCUAUUUUAUAGCACUUUGGGUUCUAUCUGUGCCAUCCCUGAUUGUAUAUUAAGAAAAUUGCGUGAAUUUCUUAUGUUUAUUUCACUUGAUUGCACGAAAUUUGAGCUUCUAGGAGAGGGGGAUAGUAAGUCCUUUCCAAGUAAAUCAAGAGAGCAUGUAGGUGCUUCCAGUAGAAGGAAAAAGGGAAAGAGCCGGAAAUCACAGAAUCCUGUGAUGAGGGCAUGCGUAGAUGAUUUAUCAUGCCAUAAAUUUACGAAGGCUCAGGAAUGUGACAAGGAGUGUGCUCACAAAGGGAGAGAAGUUAUGACGGAACCCACAACAAUGUCUAUUAUGUCCAAGGGAAAUGAGACUUGCAGAGAAAUCCCAGCAGAUAUAUCUAAAACGGUACAUGACCAUAAAAUGAGUGUUGGAAAAGAUCAAGGCACUGCAAGGAAGAAGAAAAAACACAAGAGUAAAAACUCUGGUGGGAACAGCAGAUUAGUUGAAAUAAGACCUUCAGUUGGGCCAGCCGUUAAAUUUUCCUCGCCAUCUUUUAGUUCUCAGGAUCAGGUAGCAGAGUUGGACAAUAUAUUCAUAAAACCUUCCAUCUCAAAUAUCAAGAAUGAUACUGCAAAUAAUGAUGACAGUUCAGCAUUAAACUCAAAUCCUCUGGUUCUCUCUAAUGCACCAAAUAGAGAGUAUGACAGUAGCCAAAAUAUUGAAAUGCAUGAAGUUUCUGGGUUAACGAAAUCUGUCUGUCAAAUUAGUCCUGGAGAAUCUCAGUUCCCAAAAGGAAUAAUUGAAAAUCAACGCUUAUCAUCUACUUUGGAAUCGUCUACAUCUUUUAUUGAUUGCAGUGCAGUACCUUCUCAUUUGCCUUCAAUGGAGCUAAAGAAUAUUGUCAAAAGUGAUGUCAAUGUGAAGGGUUCUGUGCGAACUUGUGAAUUAGGAGAUAAAUCAUGUUUGUUGGAUAAACUUCCGAGAAUCAUUGAUGUAAAGGAGAAAUCAUGCUUAUCUCGAAAUCAAUUUAGUGGUGAUACUUGUAAUACUAGGACCUUGAAUCCCUUGGAACAUUCUCCCUAUGAAUGGCAUGGUGUAGCUUCUUUGUAUAUCCCAUCAUUCAAUUCACAUCUCCCACCUGCUACUGAUAGAUUACAUUUAGAUGUUGGUCAUAAUUGGCACAAUCAUUUCCGUCGGUCUUUCACACCUGCAAUGCCUCAAUCAAGAAAUUCUUCUGUUAAAGGUGGUUGUAAUCCCAUUCUGACUCGACCACUGUUAAUGAGUCUAGAUUGGCCCCCAGUCUUACGAAGUGCUUCUGGCUUGGCUUCUACAAUGACGUCAAAUCAAGAUAUUGGGUUUCUUUCUAGGAGACAAUCUACUUUUUGUCAGGGGUUCCCUAAUAACAGCAGUCAAAUUAGUACAGAAGAUGAGAAGUACUCUAAAAAUCUCACGGAUUUUCCUGAUUUGUCAAAUAAUCAAGAUUUAGCUGAUGAGUGUGAUGGAAACUGGAUAUCGGAGGAAGAACUGGAAAUGCAUGCAGUUUCUGGGAUAGACUACAAUCAGUAUUUUGGUGGUGGUGUUAUGUACUGGAAUCCUUCUGAUCACCAUGGGACAGGAUUCUCUCGACCUCCUUCGCUUAGUUCUGAUGAUAGUUCAUGGGCUUGGCGUGAAGCUGACAUGAACAGGACUGUUGAUGAUAUGGUUGCUUUCUCUUCUUCUUACAGUAAUGGGUUGACUUCCCCAACUGCUACUUCAUUCUGUUCUCCUUUUGAUCCACUGGGUUCUGGAAAGCAGGCUCUUGGUUAUGUGGUGCAAGGAACUGAUCUACCCAACAACAUGAUCCAUUCCUCACCAACUAUGAAAGACACGGUAACAGAGGAAGAUGGUCCUAGAUCUUCGCCAAAUUUGUCUAGUGAUGUUGAAGGGAAAACAGGAGACUCACAUUCAUUUCCAAUCUUGCGCCCUAUUGUUAUUCCAAGUGUGUCGAGGGAAAGAUCAAGAUCUGAGUUCUGUCAUGGUUAUGAUCAUAAAAGCCCAUGUAUCCCUCCUACUAGGAGAGAGCAAUCUCGUGUAAAGCGUCCACCAUCUCCAGUAGUUCUUUGUGUUCCACGGGCUCCAAUACCACCUCCACCUUCUCCUGUAAGUGACUCCAGGAAGCACAGGGGGUUUCCAACUGUUAGAUCUGGUAGCUCAAGUCCAAGGCAUUGGGGUGUAAAGGGUUGGUAUCCUGAUGGAACUAAUUUGGAAGAAGCAUGCUUACGUAUUGAUGGUGCUGAAGUUGUAUGGCCUAAUUGGAGAAAUAAAAGUAAUUCUAAUUGCUCGACAGUUCAACCUUUGUCAUUAAUAGCUAUGUCCCAGAUAGCUCUCGAUCAAGAACAUCCAGAUGUUGCAUUUCCUCUCUUUCCACCUACGAUUAGCUGUUCUGUAAAAAAAGAAUCUCUUUCUUUGAUGCAUAGCCGCCUACAUGAUGAGAUUGACUCUUUCUGCAAGCAUGUUGCUGCAGAAAAUAUGACUAAGAAGCCUUACAUCACUUGGGCGGUUAAACGGGUUACACGGUCCCUUCAAGUCUUAUGGCCCAGGUCCAGGACAAACAUUUUUGGUUCAAAUGCAACUGGUUUGUCCCUUCCCACGAGUGAUGUGGAUCUUGUGGUUUGUCUGCCCCCAGUGAGAAAUCUGGAACCUAUCAAAGAAGCUGGGAUCUUAGAGGGACGUAAUGGUAUCAAAGAAACCUGCCUUCAGCAUGCAGCCAGAUAUCUUUCCAAUCAGGAAUGGGUAAAAAGCGAUUCAUUAAAGACGGUGGAAAAUACUGCUAUACCUAUUAUCAUGCUUGUUGUUGAAGUUCCUCAUGAUCUCAUUACUUCGUCUACUUCAAAUAUGCAAUCACCCAAGGAGGAGUCCUCUGCUGUAUCUGGAGAACAAGAUGCCAACAAUCUCAAUGAUAUGGCUAGUUUAGAAGAUUCUGUAUUGCCAAAAUGUUUGGAGGUGAAUUAUGAUUCCUCAGUUAGCACAAAGUCAGUUCGCAUUGACAUCAGUUUCAAGACUCCAUCGCACACGGGACUCCAAACUUCUGAGCUGGUUAAGGAGCUGACUGAACAAUUUCCAGCCACUAUACCUUUGGCUUUGGUGCUAAAGAAAUUUUUGGCAGAUCGGAGUCUUGAUCAGUCCUAUUCUGGUGGCUUAAGUUCUUACUGUUUGGUACUAUUGAUCAUACGCUUUCUUCAGCAUGAACAUCAUCUUGGCCGUCCUAUCAACCAAAACUUUGGGAGCCUUUUGAUGGACUUCCUUUACUUCUUUGGGAAUGUAUUUGAUCCUCGCCAAAUGCGCAUUUCAAUACAGGGGAGUGGAGUCUAUAUAAAGAGGGAAAGGGGAUAUAGCAUUGAUCCUUUACAUAUUGAUGAUCCACUUUUCCCCAUGAAUAAUGUUGGACGAAAUUGUUUUCGUAUUCAUCAAUGUAUCAAGGCCUUUUCUGAAGCUUAUUCUAUUAUGGAGAGUGUGCUGAUAUCCCUUCAUGAUGGUGACACGAGUUCGGAUGCAGCUAAUAGGGUGCUGCAGAAAAUAAUUCCUAGCAUUGAUUUAUCAUAAGGGCUUGAUCUAUUACCUUUAUGUGCAUGGAGUUGAUGCUCGGACUUGAUUGCAGAACAUAUGCUUCAAGGAUGGCCUUUUCUUUUCCCCUAACCAGACAUCAAGACAAGAAUGUGCUCGAACUCAGUAAAGCCCAUCAUAGCAUGAAAAUCAUCGGAUAUGAUGAUGUCUAAUAUGUCCAUUUCCCCACAAUGGCGUUUGCUGUGCAAGAAGAGUGCAGAGUCACAGAGCCAUAUUUUCCUCUCUUGUAGCUUUGCAAACUUGUUUUGUAAGGAAAAUCUUUCAUCCUGAAGAUGGGCUAUACAGUUCUACCAAAUGACCUAGGGAUCUUCCUUUAUCUUUGAUGGGUCAACCUUUUAAAACGAAAAAGAAGAUUGUUUGGAUACUCUUCAUCAAAGUGUUUUUAUGGGCUACAUCAAUUGAAGGAGAUCAAAAGCAUCUUAGGAAGUACUUAUGAAUUGUAGGAUAAUGUGUGUCCCAUGGAAUCUUAUCUUAUCAUUCAAUUAGGACCUAUGUAAUGAUGGGUUUGUUCACUUGUCAACUAGGUCGAAGUGCUGCUCCAUGUCAGUAGGGAUCAAACCUAGCUACUCUGGAGGACCUAAGAAGUGGUGAGGGUUCGUCCACUUGCUUACUUGGCAGUAAGUUUAUGUCUGCGACAAUUGAGUUGGCAAUCAUCAUUUGGUCCCCGCUAAAGUCUUUUCUUUGAUCGUGGUUGUCAUCUCAAUGAGGAGAUGAUGGUUAUCCCUUUACCGUGGAACUUUGGGAACCUUUUGAUGGACUUCCUUUACUUCUUUGGGGAAAAGGCUUGAGAAUGGUAAGGGAUGAAGAAAAUAUUCGAAGUGUUGAAGUAUAGGGCUCUCGGGUAAAGGAAGCGUGUGUGCCUUGUAGGAAGAAGAAUGUGGCUAAGUAUGGGCCAUACGUUGGGGCUAAGUAGGCUUGAUGACCAAGGUGGGUGUGCGGCAACCAUAUGCAUCUAACAAGGUUAGGAGGGGCGUAAGACAUGAGUUGAGGCAAGGCUCUGUAGAGGCAAGGUCUAAGUGUGCAUUGGCUAAGUGAUGACCAAGAAUGAAGCCAUGUGACGGCCACUAGUCUAGGCGUUGGCAUGAGGAGGCAUUGAAGCAUGCGCUGAGGUUAGAGAGGUGCGUGCCUCAAGUGCUGAUGGAGCAAGCACAUGCAUUGGUCGAGCUGGGCAUGCAAUCAAGUGAGCCAUGCACGGAUGGGAGGUGAAGGAAAAGUCAUGCGUUGGUGAGCUAGUGAAAGAUUUUAGCUUAAUCACUCACCUUGGUGGGCCAGCUGUCGAGGUUAGGGAAAUUAAUCCCACUUAGUGGGCUAGCUGACACCUUAAGCUUGAUUUGAGGCAUGCAUCCUUAACUAUAAAAAGAAAGAAGUAGAAGAAGCUCUCGGUUUGGCCUUUUGACUCGUGCGAAGUGGGAAGUUCUUGAGCUGAUUUGAAGUUCGAAGUGUGUGAAUGAUGACUUUGGGCUGCCAGAAGCAAUUUCCCAAGAAACUGAGUUGAAAUCGGAAGUUUCCCCAAGUAGUUCAAGCUCUCGAGUGAUCGUUAGCAAGGUGUGAAGUUUGAAGGUUUCUGGGCUGAUAAGGAGGAAUUUGAAGCUCAAAUUUUAAGUUGAAGCUGGGACUUGAUUGCCAAUAUGUGCCUCAAAGAUGGGCUUUUCUUUUUCAUGGAACAUACAUUGAAACAAGAAUACCCUCGAACUCAGACCCAUUAUAGCAUGAAAAUCGUUCGAUCUUAUGAUAUUUUUGCUGAACGAGUUCAAAGAUAUUUCGGGAAUGGUUUUCACACAUCUUUUUGCCAUACUCCUAGUUGAAUUGUGGGGUUAUUGCUAUGGUUUUUCCAAGACUUUUAUGGUCGUACACUUGCCCCGAUGUUACAAUCCCACUUGGAAUAGUUCACAAGUUGCUUGGGACUUGGGGUCUUCACCAAAAUCUAUGAUUUGGAGGUCUAAAUGGUCCAGUCUUACCCACCUUUCGCCUAUCAUUUUAAGGUCCAUGAACAACUCUUGGAUAUGGCCUCCUGACCCACUAAAGUUACAAUUAAAAGUCUCAUGGGCAAUGUCACCCAUGAAUUAGUCGUAGUCCGAACAAUUUUUAUUUGGUGAUUUGGAUGGAUGAUUACCCGAAGAGAAAUAACAUUUUUCCUAUGUGAUAUCAGUCUUGUUGAACUUUGUAAAAUUACUAUAGGCCGUUGAUACAAAGGAGAAUGCCACAGUUCACCCUGUCCUCCAUGUUGUGUGAUGUGUUUUUCUAACUCAGUAUCCUAGCCAUCUCUUUGUACAAUGCCCUUUUACUUUUUUGGUAUUCGUCGUACAUUUCCCUUU